AUGUAUCGUUCGAAUCUUGCUCGUCUCCAGCUAGAGCUGGGAUUGUCCGACCUUGCCGCAAAACGACUUGACGGCAGGAUCAAAGAACUCGUUGUCCCACCCAUCGUCCCAGAUGAUACCAACUCCGCUCUGAACUACGGGCUGGAUUUCCACGCCAUCGCCAGUUCCAUUCGCCGUUUUCCUGAGCUGAAGCCAUAUUUUGCAAGAACACGUUCCAGGAAUUGGGAGACCUGUUUCAACAACGCUCUCUAUUUCUGGGCUCACCUCGUCUGCGGGAUCCCGCAAAUUUCUCAAAAACGAACGCCAGUGGCGCAUACACCGUUAAAGAGCGAAACAUCUAAUCCGCCCAAACGUUCGGAAUCCACUGGAACCAAUGAACAAUCUACUACGCCUGCAUCCUUCGCUACAACCGACUCGCCGGAGUCGCCGGACGACGUUUUUGUUGCACCUAAAGGCAGCUCCAGCCAAGCUGCAGGAGAUCUCUGGAUGAGACUCUACCCUGGCAGGUAUGCAAACUUCAUCGAGAUCCGCGCCCUCAGCGGUAGUCAGGAAGAAGUUCUGAGAGGGCGCAUGCAAGAAUUGUUCUGCGUGCAGUCUCCACCUGCGAUCAAGAAGUAUGGGUUUGACUACGUCGUGUCACACUGUCGAAAAUUCCUGGCGAAGAAAAGAAAGGCUCCACCUGAUGCUGAGGUCCAGCUCCUCUAUUACAUCAAAAUGCCGACCAUUGCAAGCCCAAUUCGAAUAGUGAUUUGGGAUAGGGAGUCGUUCGGCAUGGCCUACGACAUUUGGUCAAGCCUCAAAGACAACAGGAUUCCUUUCAUGCUGUUUUUGGACGAUCACAAGCCCGACCAGUCGUCGCCGUUGAUGCUCCCUCCCCCUCAGAUUUCUCCUAGUAAAUCACUCGAGAGCACCCAACACCUGUCAUGA